GAUUCGCACAUCAAGAUAUUUCAGUGAUAGUUAAAUUUAUUCCAUUCAAUGGAGAGCUCAUUGGUGUUCAGUGCAUGGAUAGUUCUAGGCUUUUUAAUGGCAAUGGGAACAUUAAUUUGUGUUCCUCAAGCACAGGCAGCUCGAGCUUUCUUUGUUUUCGGAGACUCCCUUGUCGACAAUGGCAACAAUAAUUACCUGGCAACAGAAGCUCGUGCUGACUCUCCACCUUACGGCAUUGACUAUCCAACUCAUCGACCCACGGGGCGUUUCUCUAAUGGCCUAAACAUUCCUGAUUUUCUCAGUAAGCAACUGGGGGCUGAACCCACAUUGCCAUACUUGAACCCGGAGCUCACUGGAAAAAAACUGCUCGUUGGUGCCAACUUUGCUUCUGCGGGAAUUGGAAUCCUCAAUGAUACCGGAAUUCAAUUUAUAAACGUAAUCAGAAUGUUCCAGCAAUUUGAGUUCUUCAAAGAAUACCAAAGACGAGUUUCAGCUCUUAUCGGACCUCAAAAGACUAAACAACUAGUUAAUGGUGCACUCGUCCUCAUCACCGUCGGUGGCAACGAUUUUGUAAACAACUAUUACUUGGUUCCUUUUUCUGCAAGAUCUCGCCAGUAUUCUCUACCAGAUUAUGUUAAGUAUUUAAUCUCCGAGUACAAAAAGCUUCUAGCGAAGUUGUAUGUACUUGGAGCACGUAGGGUUUUGGUAACAGGGACGGGGCCACUGGGCUGUGUUCCGGCGGAACUAGCCAUGCGAAGCAGACGUGGGGAGUGUGCAGCUGAAUUGCAACAGGCUGCUAUCCUGUUUAAUCCCCAACUCAGUCGAAUGCUACGAGAACUCAACACUCUCUUUCGUUCGGAUGUAUUCAUUGGUGUCAACACACAGCUGAUGCACAACAGUUUCAUUAGUAAUCCACAAGCAUAUGGAUUUAAAACAUCGAAGAUAGCAUGUUGCGGGCAGGGACCAUACAAUGGUCUGGGACUGUGCACUGUGGCAUCAAAUUUAUGCCCCAACCGAAAUGAAUACGCAUUUUGGGAUCCAUUCCACCCAUCAGAAAGGGCUAAUGGGAUCAUAGUUCAACAGUUCAUGACCAAGGGCUCGACUGAAUACAUGUAUCCCAUGAAUCUCUCAACUAUCAUGGAGUUGGAUUCCAGGAUUUGAUCACUUUUACUUUUCGCAGGAAACCAACAAGGACAUUCAGUGUGUUUCAUUUGUGCUGCAAUGUAUUGAAAUUAGAAGCGCCGUUGUCUCAAAAAAUAAUUCUCAAAAUUGCUGAAUAAUUGUAUUAAAUACGAAGACAAUCGACAAGUCAAAUCUCUUAUUCUAUUCUCUAUUCAAAUUGUUG